CCAGGAGAGCCCGUCAAGAUGGCGGUGCUGGACGCGGACGAGGCGGCGGCUUUGCUGGACGAAGGCGCGCCUGCGGAGGAGCAUGGCCGUCCCGCGCGGAAGCCGCUGUCGGCGUGCUGCGACCCGGAGCACCUGGCUCAUCGGCUGCUGGUGCUGGCGCUCAUGUGCUUCCUGGGCUUCGGCAGCUGUUUUUGCUAUGACAAUCCAGCUGCUCUGCAGACUCAAGUUCAAAGGGAUAUGAAAAUAAACACAGCUAAUUUCAUGCAACUGUAUGCCUGGUAUUCCUGGCCAAAUGUGGUUCUCUGUUUCUUUGGAGGCUUUAUGAUAGACAGAGUAUUUGGAAUAAGGUUGGGCACAAUAAUAUUCAGCAGUUUCGUCUGUGUUGGACAGGUGAUUUUUGCAGUGGGAGCAAUAUGUAAUACUUUUUGGUUGAUGGAAUUUGGCAGAUUUGUAUUUGGGAUUGGUGGAGAAUCCUUAGCAGUGGCACAAAAUACAUAUGCUGUCAGUUGGUUUAAAGGGAAAGAAUUAAACCUUGUGUUUGGACUACAGCUCAGCAUGGCUAGAAUCGGGAGCACUGUGAAUAUGAAUAUUAUGGGAUGGGUGUACUCCAGAGUUCAAGAUCUUCUUGGUUCGGCAGGUUACACCACUCUUGGUAUAGCACUGUUGAUAGGUGGUGUGACGUGUAUCUUUUCACUAGUGAGUGCUCUUAUUCUUGGGUAUCUGGAUAAAAGAGCAGAGAAGAUUCUUUGCAAAGAGCAGAAGAAAACUGGUGAAGUGAUUAAAUUAACUGAUGUGAAAGACUUCUCAUUGUCCUUAUGGCUGAUAUUUAUUAUCUGUGUUUGUUACUAUGUGGCCAUCUUCCCUUUCAUUGGACUUGGAAAGGUUUUCUUCAUUGAGAAAUUCAAGUUUUCUUCUCAAGAAGCAAGUGCAAUCAACAGCAUUGUGUACGUCAUAUCAGCACCCAUGUCCCCUGUCUUUGGAUUGCUAGUAGACAAAGUUGGAAGGAAUAUUACCUGGGUUCUAUGUGCUGUGGUGACCACUCUCGUUUCUCACAACAUGCUGGCCUUUACUUACUGGAACCCUUGGGUUGCCAUGUCUUUGCUGGGAGUAUCGUAUUCUUUGCUUGCCUGUGCCUUAUGGCCCAUGGUAGCUUUUGUUGUCCCUGAACACCAGCUGGGAACUGCUUAUGGCUUCAUGCAGUCAAUCCAGAACUUGGGUCUAGGAGUCAUUUCUAUUGCAGCUGGUAUGAUACUGGAUUCCCGAGGAUACCUAAUUCUAGAAAUCUUCUUCAGUGCUUGUGUGUGUUUGUCACUCAUAGCUGUAGUCAUGCUGUACUUUGUGAAUUUGCUCAGAGGAGGUGACCUUAACUGGUCUGCAAAGAAAAGAAAUAAACUUCAGAAGCUGGCUCUGGCUGAAGCGAAAAGACGGGAAAUGAUCAGACGUCAGAAUGAAGAUGACUUAGCCAAAUUACAACCAAACAGUGACUUUAGUUUGAGGAAUAGGUAUCUCUCCAGAUUAGGUGCUCAGCUGCCAGACAACUGUGUUUCCCACUUACCUGCACUGGCACACAGAAGUGUGCUGAAAUAGCAAACUUGUGUCAAAGCGUGGACUUGCAAUGUGUGGAAUAUUAUGCAACACAGGACCUCAAUUGUCCAUAGCAGAGAGCGGCAUUAUAGAAUGAGAAUGGAACAAUAUUCAAAAGACUUCUGCCAACCAAAGCAGUAGCUGGUCUCUUGAAAAGUUUUAAGAUGCUACAUUGAGCUCUGUGCCAAAGUGGGUGGGUAGGAAUGACUCAGAAGAUGCCAUGGAUUUGUGUCUCUGUGCUGCUGUUGCAGCCUUCUGCUUUCUUCAAAAUCCAUAUCUGUUUAUAAUUAUUGGCAGUUUGGAUUUGGAGUAGAAUUAUAUGAAUCAAUUUAAAUUUACAACAUUAGCUGUGGGUUGAUCUAGGCAUCAAUAUAACAGUGCUCUAAUCUGUGGACAACUUUAUUCUUUUGUUAGAUUUCUUUCCAUGGAAGAAAGGGAAGCAACAGUGCUCAGUCCAUCAGACUGUUAAUUUCUGUGAAAUUUUUACUUUUAUCAAAAACUAUUGGAACUUUUAAACGCUUAAAAAGUAGCUGUCUUGAAAAUAGCAUUAAAGUAUUUUCAUUUUUUGUCUUGAUGAAAAGCAGAAGGUUGACAUUUCCUAUGGAAAUAGCUCAGUAUGUAUUUUUUUUAUUAAAGCAAAUGUAGCGAUUUUAUGAAAACUAAAGCUAACUAGAUCCCAUUCAUUGCAACAAGAAAUACUGAUAUUGCUUUUGUGUCUAUAAAUGCAAUGGAUUAAAAUUCAAUGAGAAAAAGAUCUAGGGAGUCUACUUAAGGUUUCAUAGCAGCAGCAAUUUUUUAAUAGAAAGCUGACCUUAUUAAACUUGAAUCCAAACCUGCCCUUCCACAGCUGGCACAUUCUCUCUGUGGAAGGACUGAGAUCCAGUGAAAAUAGGAGCUUCUUACAGUCUGCCUCCUCAUCUCCCAUGUGGUUCUGGAGUAUUCCCUAAGUCCUUGGAGCAGGUUUUCACUAGGCAUACAGCUCCAGAGGAAAGAAGAAACUGGCAAAAAGUAUCUCUUCCAUUCAGUUUCUUCAGAAAGAGGGUUUGUAAGUGGCACUCCACUUAAAUCCUUUCAGGAUCCAACCCACAGUGGUACACUAUUAAUACAGUAAUCUGCAUUCAGUUCACAUUGACUCUUGCUGGUGUUUUUAACUUACAUAUUUUGAACCAAGAUAAUGCACAAAUACAGUACUGGGGUGGAAUCUUCAAUUUUUCUGAGAGUUCUAAUGCUGCCUAAAUUGUGAAUAAGCAGCAGUAUUCUCAGGGUUUUGAACAUGUGUCUCUGUUCAGUGCUCCUCAACAGAGAAGUGUUUGAUACCCAUAUAGGAAGACUGUGUGUGCUAAAGUCAGUUAUAUACCCCAAACCAAUAGAAUGCUGUUGGUUACCAGCAAGAAUUUCAUUGGAAAAGUAAAGUGAAAAAUGAUAGGGGUGGGCUAUCAAUUAUAAAUUGAUGGGCUAUUCACUUAUUUGUAAAUGUAAUUUUCCCCCCAUUCCCAUUAAUAAAGCCAGAAAAGUUCAGUAAAAUGUUGCUUUUUAAUACUGAUUCUCUCUUAUUUAUAACUGGUAUUGCUCUGGGGAGCUGGGAGAUCUAGGUUGUAGAUUAUGAAGCCUACUGAAUGAUUUCAGAAUAGUCAAGGACUCUCAGUCUGACCUGCCUCGCAGGGUUCUUGUUGUGAAAUAAAAUGGGGUGGAGCAGAACUAUGUAAGCUGCUUUGGAUUAUUCACAAAGGAAAAAAAGGCAGAGUAUACAUGUGAAGUAAAGCAUUGCAGCAUCCUUCAUUGCAAGGACCCACUGGUAGCUUCCUGUUACCUCAAAUAUGGUUCUCUACCCUUCCCCCUUCUCUGCUUGCUUCCUCUCAACAAACCAAGGUGUGUGUUACUCUAACUUGGAUUUAGGAGACUUAGUACAUCAUUAGUUCUCUAUAUUUCAUGAGCAUGUUCCCCCCACCACCAAUUUUUUUUCUUUUCCAACAGAUGAAAACCAAAAGCUUAUAAAAUGCAGUCCUUUAUUGGAGCUUAAGAGGUUUUGCUUAAUACGGGGGUGGUUUCUAUGAGAGCUGUUAACAAAUUGCAUAAAACACAGUAAUGAUCGCUCUGCUCGGUGGUGGUAGCUUCUGCCCAUGUGCACAGUUAAUUCCAAACUGGAUUGGCUCCCUCCUCCCUCCCUUUUCCCCAGAAUCCUGACUUUGCCUUCAGGGUCAGUCAUACUGCUUGUAGGACAAAUGGUGGGAAUGCCUGAUUUUAUGUGAUUGGUCUACCUGCUUGGCCUGGCAGUGCCUCACCAGGUCUGGGAAUUCACUCUCCUCCUCCUCCCCUUGUUCUUCAGUGUCUUUCACCAUGCCCAGUAGAGUUUGAUUCUCAGUCACAGCCUGAUGAACCUCCCUGGUCAGCUGUGACUGUGCAGUCAGCUGCCAACUUCUCUGCCCCUCCUCGCCCAUGUACGUAUCUCACAUGAUGAAUCUGAACUUUCAAGCUGGGAAUGCUGCCUGGUGAGAAAGCUGAGCCCCUUCUACACACUGUGUGUGCUGACUUGGUGAGAUCAGGGUGGAGAUUAUGAAGGAGUGAUGUGUGUUUGUGUGUGUGUGCCAGCUUGAUGAGCUGUGAUCUUUGGACUGCAACCUCCCCGUUUCUUUUCCAGUGCCUUUCUGUUUGUGCUGUUUAGAAACUACCAUCACAGAGCUGGUUAUUAAGGCUAUGCUAUUGCACACAGCAGAAGCAAAUGGGAAAACAUUCUGCUCAAUACAAAUUACUCAAUAUGAAUGUUAUUGUUUCAUUCUUUCUCAAUGAACCAUUUAUCCUUCAACUCUGGCUUGAGUUGAAAGGCAUUUAUCUGAAACCCCUUCAGUGCCUUGCAUAGAAUUGUUCUGUUCCAUUUGUUUUAUGCAUUUUUACACCGCCUUUCCAUAACAAUUGCAGUGCACAACAUUGUUAUUUUCCCAGAGUAACAGGUUUACAUCCUGGGCUAAAGACUCAGUCAUAAAAUGUAUGACUCGGCCUCUUGGAUUUUGAUUUGCAAAACUAAUGAGCCAGAUACUGCUAGGAAGCUCCCAAAGCAGGCGUGAUGGUAGGUCAUUUGUCCUCCAGUGCAUGGUAUUCACAGGUCAAUUACCCCUGAACGUGGAUGUUAUAUUUAGCUGUUAUGGUUCACAGCUUAUCAGCCCCUUGCCCCACCAUUUUGCAGUGGGCAAUGUUGUGAUCUUUGCCUGCUCAAAGAGUUUUUGAAGUUUCCACAUGGCCUCAUCUCUUGCUUCCUGGAUGCCCUGCUCAGUUUGUGCAAUUAAUUCUGUCUUCACUCUGAAAUGCUCAAAGAAGUAUGUAUGCCAGCCUCCCUUAGCCUGAUGCCCUCUGGACUGCAACUCCCAUUAGCCCCAGUCAGCAUUAGGCAGUGCUGAAGAAUCCAGAGAGUUGUAGUGAGAAACAUCGGGAGGGCACCAGGGUGAGGUAUGCUGGCUUACACGCUAAUGCUAUGUCCCGUCUGAAGGCUGACUUCCAUGGAGUAACUAAGCAACUAAGCAUCCUACAAGAGAACAUGUUUUGUCCCAACUCUCAUUCUGACAUUGGUCAACCUAAAUUGUGGAGCAGGAUCUUUGGAUACUUAUGUGCGCAUGUGCAAGACUAUAUGUAUACAUAUAUAUUAUCUAUCAGUAAUAUUCUCUACACCAGUUCAAUGUACCUCUGAUCAUUAUUGUGUGACUAGAUGAUGUUUUGUUGUGCUUUGUUAAAUGUAUAUUUUUUUAAAACACAAAAGCCAGCAUCUUGGCAUUCUGACACAAUGCAGCAACAGCAGCUAGUUUGGUAAACAAAGGUCUUCUUUUAAACUGCUAGAAUAGGCAUGUGUCCUAAUUUCCAUUGACAUAAUGCAGCUUUCUUUAUACCUUCUCCAAAGCAGCUGAUAAAAAUCUGUUUUCAGAGUUGUGGGCCCCUCUUAAACAGGAUAGUGUAAAGUGCCAGGAACUGUUACUCAAUGAAAGCUCAAGAUACCCCCUUGCUGGUAAAUAAGAAAGGGCUGAUUUGGUAACUCCAGGUGGAAGUAUUUCUCAACCUGUAAAUAGGAUUCAAUUACUAAACGGGGGAGAUUUUCCUGUGGCACAGAGGCAUUGGUUUGCUCCAGCCUAGGGAGAUGGAGAGCAGAAGCUUUGUGCAUACAGUCAAAGAGGCACCUUACGAAUUUCUGUUUCUGAACUUCCUUUCUGCACACCACCUUCUUCAUAAGUGUUCAGGUCUAGUUAAGGAAGAUUAUAGAAGAUGUAUUUAGCGCUCAGGUCCUUCAUGUCAUAUUGUAGCAAGUAGGACUCCUAAUGAUCCAGGAGACAAAAGAUGUUAAUCUUCAUAGGUUCAUUUUUUAAAAAACAAAAUCAAGCCAGGCCAUAACAUAGCAAAUGAAUCAUGGGGGAAUUAAUCAUCUUACAAGUUUGGGGGUACAUUAAGGUGCAGCAGAACUUCUUAAGUUUGGCUAUUUUAUAUAUAGGAAGCACACUGGUGAGUUUGCUAAGUACUUUGGGGAUAAAGUUGCUCAGAUCCAUUGUGGAUUGGACUGUACAUUGGAUAUGGUCUUGGAGGUGGAGUUGUCCAGUGCACCAUCUUGUUCUGUUUCUCUGGAUGAGUUUUGAUCGUUGCAGCCUGAAGGUAUGGACAAAGUGCUUGGAAGGGUCUGUUCAACCACCUGUGUCCUUGACACUUGCCCUUCAUUGGUCAUUAAACAAAUCAGGGAAGGAAUGUGCCUCUGGAUCUUGGAAACUCUCAACACCUCUCUGAAGGAGGGAAUGAUCAGACCUCUUCUGAAGAAGGCACACCUUGAUUUGGGGGGAUGUUGGUAACUUGAGUGGUGGCCAAUUUCAUUUUUUGGACAAGUUACUCAAACUGUUUUAAACUGUUGAUCAUUAUUGAUUGACCCAUUUUUAUUUAGAUUUUUUCUUUUUUAAUGACCCUGUGCAGCAGGUUCAGUUACAGUUAUGGUUACAGUUAUGGUUAUGGUGAUGGUUGUUGUUUUGACUGUGCUAUGACUAUAGCUGUUACAAGUAUUAUUUUAUUUUGAGUAAAUAAUUAUUACUCUUGCUUUUUGUUUAUCAUAAUUUAGUAUACAUUUAUUUUUGUUGAUUUAUUAUUAAAUUUAUUUAUAAACAUUUUAGCAUUGUAAGCCACCCAGAGAACCUUUGGGUUAUGAGGUGGCAUAGAAAUGGACUUAAACAAUGCAUGCAUAAUAUUAUUUUUGCUAUUAUAGUACUUAGUCAACAUGUUAUAUUUAUUGGCGAAGGUGAUGAGAUGAUGGAUUAUGUUGGAGGGGUCCCUGGGUACAUUCUCUGCGGCCUGUGCUAAUGUUUUUGUGUUUUUAUGUUGUAAAUCAUUCAAAAAGCUCAUGAUAUGUGGACUGUAUAUAAAACUUGUUAAAUAAAUAAUUAAAGUGUGUA